AUGUCCCUCCCGCUGAACGACCCGAACAAUAUGGAGGAGAAGAGCUCGCUUGAGGCCUCUGGCCAGGUCACGCCUGUGGAGAAGCCCGAGCAAGCUCAAGCUCAGCCUGCCCCUGCGAACGAGCCACCGAAUGGUGGUGUGACGGCUUGGCUGCAGGUGCUUGGCUCGUUUAUUCUCUUCCUAAACACCUGGGGCAUUGUCAACUCGUUUGGUGUCUUCCAGACGUACUAUGCCUCGGACAUGUUGUCCUCUCAAACGGAGUCCAACAUCUCCUGGGUUGGCUCGAUCCAAGCGUUCCUGUUGCUCAUCAUCGGUGUCGGGACCGGCCCACUGUUCGACAUGGGCUACUUCCAGACCCUGCUCCGGACGGGCGGCUUCCUCAUCACCUUCGGCAUGUUCAUGACCAGCCUGUGCACCAAGUACUGGCAGGUGAUGCUGGCCCAGGGCAUCACCAUCGGCCUCGGCAGCGGCUGCCUCUUCAUCCCAAGCGUCGCCAUCGUCUCGACCUACUUCACGACGAAGAAGUCCUUCGCCACGGGCAUCGCGGCGAGCGGCAGCAGUCUCGGCGGCGUCAUCUACCCCAUCAUCUUCACGCGGCUGGAGCCGCAGAUUGGCUUCGCGUGGGCGACCCGCGUCAUGGCCUUCAUCAUGCUCGGCACCAUGGCCGUCGCCGUGGCCGUCAUGCGCGUGCGCGUCCUGCCGCCGCAGAAGCGCCGCCUCGUCGACCUGGCCGCGCUCAAGGAGGUGCCGUUCCUCAUGUUCAGCAUCGCCGAGUUCCUCGGCUUCAUGGGCAUGUACAUCCCCUUCUUCUACGUGCAGUCGUUUGCGAUUGAGAACAACAUCAUGAGCUCCGACCUCGCCUUCUACAUGCUGUCCAUCCUCAACGCCGCCUCUGCUUUCGGCCGCAUCAUUCCGAACUUCAUCGCGGACAAGACUGGCCCGCUGAACAUCCUGGUGCCGUGCUGCGCCAUCUCGGCGCUGCUGGCGUUCUGCUGGAUUGCCAUCGACAGCACGGCAGGCGUUAUUGUCUUUGGUAUCUUGUACGGUUUCUUCUCUGGCACAUUUGUCUCGCUGCCGCCGACGACGGUCGUCAGCUUGUCGCCCAACCUUGGAGUCGUUGGUACUCGUAUGGGUAUGAGCUUCUCGUUUGCUGGUUUCGGUUUCCUGGUGGGUAACCCGGUUGCCGGAGCCAUCCUCAAGGAUCAUGGAUGGUUGGGAGUUCAGAUCUUCUGCGGUGUCAUGGUCGUGGCAGCCGCCGCUUGCUGCGUGGUUGCUCGCUUCGCAAAGGCCCCGGCACUCAUGGCCAAGGCUUAG